UUCCCCCGGCCGCCUGCGCCGCCGAGUGAGGGAGGCCCCGGAGCUGCCGCCCCGCCGGGGGAGACCGAGGCUGCGGUGAGCGGCGCUGCAGGGCCCGUUGCCACAGAGACCGCUGCAGUGGAACUGAUUCAGCUGGAGCACCAGGCAGCCCAGGAAGAAUGUGAGCACCAGGUACUGAUGAUGGAACUCCAGAUCAAGGGAAAGGAAGAAAAUGGGGAGGUGGAGGAGAGAGUCUAUGAAAGAUGCAAAACUUACCGCAGAUGCAUGGAACAACUGCAAGCUAAGGAGAGAGCACACCAGAAACAGAUGGAAGCUCACACUUCGCAGCUCAAAGUACUGGAGCGGCAAAAGCAGCAGCCUUAGCCACAGGAAAAUACAAAAGUUUUAUAUGGCUCACGUCUGACAACAUGCACCAUCAGUGGCUGCUGUUAGCUGCAUGCUUUUGGGUGAUAUUCAUGUUCAUGGUUGCUAGCAAGUUCAUCACACUGACUUUUAAAGACCCAGAUGUAUAUGGUGUCAAGCAAGAGCCAUUAAUGCUGACGGCUAUGACAAAAGUUGAAAAGAUACAAGUGCCAGAGGAGAAAUGUUUGCCUGAAGAAAUUCAGCCGACUGGAAAAGUUUUUUCUGAAGAACUGAUGCACCAACCCCUGGUCCAUGUGAAAAGGAUUGAGCUUCUCAGGAAUGUGUGCAGAGAUGCAGCGUUGAGGAAUCUCUCUCAUACUACCGUUUCCAAGUUUGUCUUGGACCGAAUAUUUGUUUGUGACAAGCACAAGAUCCUGUUCUGUCAGACUCCGAAAGUGGGCAACACUCAAUGGAAAAAAGUCUUGAUUGUUUUAAAUGGAGCAUUUUCUUCCAUAGAAGAGAUCCCAGAGAACAUAGUACAUGACCAUGAGAAGAACGGACUUCCACGCUUAUCCUCCUUCAGUGACUCUGAAAUUCAAAAACGACUGAAUUUAUACUUCAAGUUUUUUAUUGUAAGAGAUCCAUUUGAAAGACUUAUUUCUGCAUUUAAGGAUAAGUUUGUCCACAAUCCUCGAUUUGAACCUUGGUACAGGCAUGAAAUUGCUCCUGGCAUUAUUCGGAAAUACAGGAAGAAUCGCACAGAGACUAGGGGGCUGCAGUUUGAGGACUUUGUGCGCUAUUUGGGGGACCCUAACCACCGACGGCUAGAUGUUCAGUUUGGUGAUCACAUAAUUCAUUGGGUAACAUACGUGGAACUUUGUGCCCCAUGUGAAAUAACUUAUAGUGUGAUUGGACACCAUGAAACCCUGGAGGAUGAUGCUCCAUAUAUCCUGAAAGAAGCAGGAAUAGACCAUCUGGUAUCAUAUCCCACAAUUCCACCAGGAAUAACGGUAUACAACAAAACAAAGGUAGAGCGUUAUUUCUCAGGAAUUAGCAAGAGAGAUAUAAGACGCCUAUAUGCCCGCUUUGAAGGAGACUUUAAACUCUUUGGAUAUCGGGAACCAGAUUUCUUGCUAAACUGAUGCCUAGAAACUGUGAAGACGUGUCUAUCAGAUUGAACUAAAGCAUAUGAAUACCAGCUGCAGCACUGACAGAACUGAGAUUGACAAUACUGUACCAUUGUUUUCUAAUGUUGCUCCAUUUUUCAGUGGAAUAUUUGUCACACAAACAAUUAGGGGUUCCUAACUGUUAGCCACUGACCAUGUUUUCAACAUAUGACAUUGCAAUCUUCUAUUGUGAAUUAAAUCUGUCUCAUCCAA